GAGAGAGAGAGAGAGAGAGAGAGAUGAUCACAAAAACUUUGUUAGAUAUACCCUCACCCACUAAAACCAAUAGCCAAGCCAACAAAAGACACACAUAGCUCCCAUAGGGUAUCUUCAAGAUUAAGUAGCAGUUGUUUCUUCUACACCACCACACUAGUACUAGUGGUUCUGUGUAUCUUUUCAAUUUCAACUAAUCAUCAAGAUCACGAGGGACUGAGAAAAGUUUAAGAGAGUCUUUAUCUGUGUUAUUGAGCAUGUCAAACUGGUGGACUGGGCAGGCCAACCUAGGUGGUGUAGAAACACCAUCAGGUGGUUCCUUGGCUUUAAAGAAGCCAGAUCUGGGAAUAUCAAUGAACGAGAACAACACUGGAAGUGAAGAAGAUGAAAGAGACAACAACAGCGAUGAUCCAAGAGAAGGUGGGAUCGAGACUUCAAAUAGGCGGCCUAGAGGUCGUCCACCAGGCUCAAAGAACAAGCCAAAGCCCCCGAUUUUUGUGACAAGGGACAGCCCCAACGCGCUUCGUAGCCAUGUCAUGGAGGUUGAGAGUGGAACUGAUGUAGCUGAAAGCAUAGCUCAAUUUAGUAGGAGACGACAGAGAGGGGUUUGUGUUAUGAGUGCUAGUGGGACAGUCAUGAAUGUAACCCUAAGACAGCCCACAGCACCUGGUUCAGUCAUGGCCUUACAAGGCCGAUUCGAGAUUUUGUCACUAACCGGAGCUUUUUUACCUGGUCCUGCUCCGCCUGGCUCAACAGGUCUGACUAUAUACCUUGCGGGAGGUCAAGGUCAGGUUGUCGGUGGGAGCGUGGUGGGGUCGUUGGUUGCCUCCGGACCUGUGAUGGUAAUUGCCGCCACAUUUUCCAACGCUACAUACGAAAGACUCCCUGUAGAGGAAGAAGAGGAAGCAGAUAGUGUGGUGCAGGCAGGGAUGGGUGGUGGUGGAUCACCACCGCCACUUGGGAUGGGUGGUGAUGGAGGAGGGUUGGGUGAUCCGAUGCCCGGGUAUAACUUGCAGCCCAAUUUGAUCCCUAAUGGUGGUGGACAGAUGAACCAUGAAGCAUUUGGCUGGGCUCAUGGCCGGCCUCCAUAUUAGAGGUUUUAUAGUAUUUAGUCUUUGCAAAGGCUGUAUACACAUUCCAAAAUUUCCCACUGCUCUGUCAAGAAUAACAAAAGCGUAGAGGUUCGCACUUUGUUGGUCAUUGCCAACCUCCUCGAAUAUGUCAUAGCCGGCCUUAGAAUCGUAAACCUGCUCAAACGCCCAAGUUGGCCGGGUAUCAAGUUUUUCUUGCUUUGUUGAUCAUUGGUUGGACAUGGUACUAUUGUAUGUGAUAGAUUUCAAGGGUGUAAGUGUUAUAAUUCGACGGACCAAGAAGAAGUAAAAAGGAAAGAACAAAAACACCAAAAUUUUGGUGGAAACCCUAACGGGUAAACAAAAAUCAUGCGACAUCGAGAGGGAGAUUACAACAUGAUUUUUUUUCUAUUGGUAUUACCUUUAACAAUAGGGAUGUUAUUCUUUUACUUAAGAAAAUUGAUUCAUCCACAUAAAAUAUAUGAUUCAGUGACUUGUAUGAUAG